GCGCCGGGAGCGCGCACGCAGCGCACGCUCGUCGUUCGUUUUGCAAGAAGGAGCGUCGCUGGCUCCGAAGCAGAAGCGCCUUUAGGUGGCUUGAUUUCCCUGAAGGGGGCAGUUGCCGCGCGCGCUCCCGAUCGCUCUCUCUCUCUCUCUCCUCCGUUCUGAUUUGCCCCUUCCUUCCUUCCCUUGCCCUCGGAGAGAGGGGCGAAGAAGGGCCCGGGAUCCAGCCAAGAAGGAAGGAAGGGCCGGCCUCAGCAGCCCCCCCAAACACACACCUUCCUCAGAGCUUAAAGGCAGAAUUUGGCAUGCUACUAUGGAAGGUCAACACAAUCAUCCGCAUCAUCUAGGGGACCAGAACAACCCGCUUUGCAAAGUGGCAAGCCAGGAGUUCCAGCAUGAUGCACAAAGACACCUGACAACAUACCCGUACCGUUGCACCUUGGCAGACUUUCAGAUAGAAAAGAAGAUUGGAAGAGGACAAUUCAGUGAAGUCUACAAGGCCACUUGCCUUCUGGACAGAAAACCAGUGGCGUUAAAGAAAGUGCAGAUAUUUGAAAUGAUGGAUGCCAAGGCUAGACAAGAUUGUAUUAAAGAAAUAGACCUUUUGAAGCAAUUGAACCAUCCUAACAUAAUCAAGUAUUUGGAUUCAUUUAUUGAGGACAACGAACUCAACAUUGUACUGGAACUGGCAGAUGCGGGUGACCUCUCUCAGAUGAUUAAGUAUUUUAAAAAGCAGAAGCGGCUAAUCCCAGAAAGGACGGUUUGGAAAUACUUUGUGCAGUUGUGCAGUGCGGUUGAACACAUGCACUCCCGCAGGGUGAUGCACAGAGACAUAAAACCAGCCAAUGUCUUUAUAACAGCCACUGGAGUCGUGAAGCUGGGAGAUCUCGGAUUGGGCCGCUUCUUUAGCUCUAAAACCACUGCUGCACAUUCCUUAGUGGGAACACCCUACUAUAUGUCCCCCGAAAGAAUACAUGAAAACGGCUAUAAUUUUAAAUCGGAUAUCUGGUCUUUGGGCUGCUUAUUGUAUGAGAUGGCUGCUCUUCAGAGUCCCUUCUACGGCGAUAAAAUGAACCUAUUUUCCCUCUGCCAAAAGAUAGAGCAAUGUGAUUACCCACCUCUUCCAGCCGAACAUUAUUCGGAAAAGUUGCGAGAGCUGGUCAGCAUGUGCAUAUACCCGGAUCCUGACCAGAGACCCGACAUCGGUUACGUGCACCAGCUAGCAAAACAGAUGCACGUCUGGACCUCCAGCACUUGAAGCGUCGGCCGGCGCGCUCCAAAAAACAAGCGACCCCAGCUUAGUCUUACUUGAACCUUCUGUCUCAGACGAAACCAAGAGGUGCCUCGCCAAACUCAAAAGCGGGAGAGUCGAGCCUUCCUAGGAAGACGCUUCAUGAUUUCUGCCGGCCAUUUGCAGGGCGCUCACAGAGUGGAUCCGCUCUCUCAGUGAAGGCUGUGAGACGCUGCUGCAAGUGUGCGGCUCUUGUUUAAAAAAAGCCAAUAUGUUACAGAUAUAGAUUACUUAAAAAACAAAGCAUAAAAACAGAUCCUUUUCUUAAAACUGUUGUGUGUAAUCUAGGUUAGGCUAGAAUAGCAAGGGUUUCUCAUUGGUGUAUUUGACACACCCCUUGUGUAUCUUAACUAAUGUGAAAUAUUGAAAUAAUUCCUUUGGUGAAAUCACUUUAUACUAAUGUAAGAAUUACCGUAGAUUAUUAUUAUUAUUAUUUUGUUUUGGUGUAAUUUGUAUAACUGCUACUUUGCCUCUUCUGCCAAUGGUUAUUAAUUAGCAAGUUCAGUUUCUUAGUUCAUUUAUUUUGUAAGGAAAACAAACAUCCAGCCUGGAGUUUUAUAUUUCCCUCCUUUGCCAGAACGGGGUAAAGAGGGGGAACAUGUUUGAAGUUUUGUGUUUUUUAACAAAAAGAAAAUCAACUUUAGAAUGACUUAUUUUGCAAUGCAUUUGUCAGUAUGGCUGCUGUCUGGGAUGUCAGUAUGAGGGCUCCAGUGCAGACCUCAAACCAAAGCUCUUUUUUGUCAGCUUCUGGGCCAGCGCUGGCGCAGAAGCUACAGGAAUCUCCAUAGCCAUUCUUACAUGACCAGUGUUACUGCCAGCAGACGCCUGGGAUUGGAAAGACAACCUUUCUGUGCAAAACCAGUGCUACUCCAGCCACUUCCAAACAGUGUUUUCAACAUAAAAAGUAAGGGUAUUAGACUGACCGUGAAAAUACAGCAAGACACUCAAAAUGAUCAUCCGCACUUAUUUACUGUGAACACUCAUUUGUGAAUGUGAAUAUUUUAAACAAGCUGAUUUGAAGGAGAUAGUUAAGACUUAGCUAAGACUUCUAAGUUUUUCAUUUGGAGUCGGCCAAAUCAGUGGAUCGACUCAAGUGAUUUUGAUUUCCAUUUGGCCAUUGAAAGGCAUCACUUUGUAAAAGCAGCGAGAAGCCAGAUUUCUCUUGGCAUCUGCCUCUUUGGGAGGAACGGUGCUCAGUCAGGACAGUGUUUCUGAAGGACGCAACGGGGGAUGCGUAUGACCAGAUCCUCAUGGUCUGAAACGCAGCCUCUAGGUUUUCAAAGCAGUUUUGUUCUCCCUUUCCUGGAAGUACAGGAUGUCCAUCUUUUUCAGUGCAUUUUCUGUAUAGCUCACUAUUCACUUAUUGCCUUCUACUAUACGAUUUUGACAAUCAGUCAUCUGGAGUGUUAAUAUCAAUGUUUAGUUGCUGUGAAAGGUGCUGGCCAUAUAUACCCAACAGGGAAGUCCAGCCUUUAAAACUCAUCGGAGUCAGUAAAUUUCAGCUUUAUUGUGAAGACAGCAAUGGGUCUUCUACAGUUCUUGUUCGACUGCUUACAAACUUUUCUGGGGGUGUGUAUGUCCUUCUUCUUUAAAAGCAAGUACAGAGUAAGUCUCCUUCAGGCUUCCUUUGAGCUACAGUUUUGGGUGGAGCAGUGGGCACUACGUUGACUUGGUCUCUCCCUGGCUUUUGGGAAGCUUUGAAAUUCAGGUAGAUCUGCUAAAUCUGGUCUCUGGCUUGCUCUGUAAUGUCUACUUAGUGCUUAGGUAAAUGUAUUUCCAAAGAAUUCUUUUUUUGCAACUCUGCGUUUUUAGAUAAGAUUUAAAUGAUUUACAAAAUAAAGUUUCCUUUGUAAAAAGAAA